CCUGGCUCCAGCAGCAUCUCUGCCCGGCGCCCGCAGGCCUGUGUCAGGGGUUACCUGCUGCGGAAGCGCUUCAGGAGCCUGCGGGCAGAGUAUGAGGAGGUGGUGCGGGAGAUCGAAGGAGACCUGAGCCAGCUGGAGUGGAGGGGACGGUUCCUGCCGCGGCCCGUGUUUGUCCCCGAGCCAAGACAAGGGAAGUGUUCGGGUCCACAGGAGGCUGUACCGAGUGACGAGCUCAGCGCAGAAAAGCUGCAAGAGAAGCUGGACGCCUCUGAACCAGAACAGGACUGGGGCUGCAGCAGUGUGAAACGUACAGUUCGGCUGCAAAGCGAGAAAGAACUGAGCUCCCCAGGUGAAGGCGAUGUAGUGAGCCCCCCAGAUCUCGGGGGUGAUGCCAAGAAACACACGGAAAAGGAGUGCAGUGCCCCAGCGGAGAGCGAGGACUGGCAGAAGGACAGCAGCGUAUCCUCUGUGUGGGACAGCGCUGGCCUGGAGGCAGAGUCCCUUGAAGCCUGCCUGGAAAUUCCACUUGAGGACAUAAAGGAGCUUCCUCGAACUCGGUCCGGUCUCCAGGCCUACAGAAAUCACUUGAUCAUGGAGUUGCUGUGGUUGCAACAAGCCAUCGUCAGCCGUAAAAACUAUUUGAUGCUGAAACAGAGGCUGGGGAAUCCGGACCUGUAGGAGGGAAUUCCCGGGCACGUGGGGCACUUGUUCUGGUGUGGAGAACCGUGGAGCUGCAGCACCGUCGUUGUGACAUGACCUCACAGACAGCAGCAGCUUAGGGGAAGUCCAGCUCUGUGGGUUGAUGUUUUCCACUUCAGAUGAAUGUGGCAAGAAAGCCUUUUAUUUCUUUUAAACGUGAAUAUUUGGUCAAAGCAGGGAUUAAACAUCGCUGUGAAGCCUGGGAGGUUGUUGUGUGUCCCCGGAGGGAGUCCCGGUGAGGCCUCUGUCCGCAAGAACUUCUUUCUGUUGGCUGAGCUGGAUGGUCCUAGGGGAGACUGGAGGCUGGGAAGACUGUCACUUACAGAAGGUGCUUUCUGACCAGCUGAUCACUUGUGGUGGAACUAAAACGCCUGAAGGCAGCAGGUGCUUUGAACCUGCAGGAACAAGCUCUUCUCCACUGAACUGUGCGUGGCCCCUGUUGGUAUCUGAGCUGUGUACUCGGGAUGGCUCUGCACCUCACAGCUCUGCAACAUCUAGGCUUUGGGGAGCACCUAGUGGAAGUACUAAGUUAGGAGACAUUCCUAACUUUCCUGUGCAGUUAGGGAGUGAUGGCACGUCAAACCUGACCUUCAGGAGAUGAGGCUCGGUUCCCAACUUGCAUGUGGCUGUGGUCAAAUUUCUCUGUGUGGCAGAGUCACCUGGACUGGUGCUUGAGGGAGCAAGGACAGGCUUGCGGGGUUUGGCACUUUGUCUAUAUGUGGCUUCAGGGGCACUUGAGGUCCCUCAGAAAGGGACUUCCCAUGCAGUGCUGUGGUUCCCUGCUGUGACCCCGAAUCUUCUGUGCAAACGCUGACUGAAGGGUCACUCUUGCCAUGUGGCAGAUGUAUCUUUCUGUUCCUGAUGAUGCUGACUUGCUUGUGAAUAAAAAGCUUUUCUGAA